CAGCUACGGUGGCUCGUGAGCGGAUAAUCUCGGGUCUACUGCAAUAACUGCGGAGCUGCUGCAAACGGCUUCAUCAUCGCUCGAGACCAACAACACAGGGACAGAAAUGUCGGAGACAUCGAGUGAUGCAGAGUCGUCCUGUGGCUGGACCAUUAUUACUAAUGAGGGUUCAGAUAUUGAAACGUUGUUAUUGGAGGCUGUCGUGGAUUAUGGCACUGAGCUGUCGGAGCGCCCUCCAGUGGAGGAAUCAGAGCUGCAGGACACUCAUGCCUCUGCACUCGCUGACUGUGACAUGAAUCGUGAGACGCUGAGAGACCAGACCACGGUGGAGACGCUGCUCUGCUCCCAGGACAGAGACGACGCUGCAGGGAAGGAGCAGGUGACUCUGCUGUCCUCCAGCGAUCACUCUGACAUUAUGACCCUGCGAGACUCGAGGGAGGACGAGCAUGCAGACGUGGAGGACGAGGCAGCGGCCAGCGAGGAGUCUUACCUGGGCACGUCGUGCAGCAGCCAGUAUGCCUUCACUGCUGCAGACACAGCAGGUUUGAUCAGGAGUCACUGGACUCUUCCUCAAAGUCUGCUGAAUUUAGGAAAGCAUCUGAGGAGCCAGCUCACUGGAGGGCGCUCUUUCACAGUUUUCCCAGUGAAGCAGCAAGCGGCGACAAAUACGAGCAGCAGUGAGGACGAGACGGGACCGAGCUCCAGCACUGUCCUACGAAGACGGAGGGUGAGGAGAAACACCACCAGCACGCUGACCGAGCCUCAGGACGAGACGCUGGAGUCUGGUCUGCGCCAGGACCAGGACAGACAGGACGAUAGAGAGGAGGACGAUAGAGAGGAGGACGACAGAGAGGAGGUCAAAGAAGAGGACAGAGAGGACGACAGAGAGGAUGACAGGGAGGAGGUCAAAGAGGACGACAGAGAGGACGACAGGGAGGAGGUCAAAGAGGACGACAGAGAGGAGAAGCAGCAGGAAACUCGAGUCCGACCUCCCGAUGACGUGCGAGGCCGGUGCAGAAGCAUCGUCCACACCUGCGUCGUGCUCGCUCUGGUCGUCGGCGCCUGCAUGAGCUUCAGUCGUCUCUAUGGCACACAGCAGAUUCCAGAAAAACACGACCUGUUUGUGUGUUUGGGUUCUGAUGUGGAUCCAGAAGAACUUUUUCUAAACCAGGCUCUGAAGGAAGAUGCUGAUCAUCAUCACGAGAACCAGGAGAUCAACAUCAAACAGGCCCAGAGAGAUGACUCUGAAAUGUUUCUGAAACAAAAAGCCACUGAGAGAACUUCCAUGAUGGCUGAGCAGCAGAGGCCGGCGGCUGAAAACCAGCAGCUGUCCACACUCCAGGAGGAGCUGAGACACCUGCGCUCCAAGCUCUCACAUCUGGAGAAGACGGGAGCUGGAGUCGACUCAGUGAGGUCAGAAAACCAGAGGCUGAAAGAGCAGCUGGAAGAGAAGAAGCGGACGAUCACUAGCGUCCAUGUGCAGAGGGAGGAGUUAAUGGCUGAAGCACAGACACUGAAGAAGAAGCUGGAGGAGGAGAGGAAGGUCACACACGAGCUGAGGAGCGAGCUGAACGCUUUGAGGAGUGACGUCCAUGGUUCAGGAGCAGAGGAGCUGCAGUCACGUCUGACGGAGCUGGAGAAGAGACUGAGCUUCGAGAAGCAGCGCUCGGACCUGUGGGAGAGGCUGUACGUGGAAAACAAGGAACGAGCCAAAGGAGACGCAGAGUCCACGGGGAAAAGACCAAAGAAGGGCAUGGCAGGGAAAGUGCAAGAGACAUUUGACGCUGUGAAAAACUCCACUAAAGAGUUUGUUCAUCACCACAAAGAGCAGAUCAAAAAAGCAAAGGAGGCCGUGAAGGAAAACCUGCGCAAGUUUUCAGAUUCUGUCAAAUCCACUUUCCGACACUUCAAAAAUUCAGCGUCCACGUUGAUGAACAAAGCUCGAGGCUUCUGUCACGGGAAAUGUGACGGAAGGGAUCCGAACGCUAAAGAGAGCUGGCAGCACAGAGCCCACAGACCCCAGAACACUCGCAAACCAGGACACAAAGUUCACCAAGACCGAGGUCCGAACAUGAAAGGAUGCUCUGGGGUUUUUGACUGCGCCUACCAGGAGUCCACGAGUCUGUUCAACAGAGCCACGGAGCCCAUCACAGCCGACGAGUUCUACCAGCUGCUGCAGAGCUACGUGCAGCAGGAAGUCGACCACUUCCACCACUGGAAGGAGCUCGAGAGGUUCAUCAACAACUUCUUCCACAACGGCGUCUUCAUCCACGACCAGAUGCUGUUCACGGAUUUUGUCAGCGGCGUCGAGGAUUAUCUGGCAGACAUGCGCGAGUACCAGGGGCUGCACGACGACAUGUUCGGAGAUCUGGACGACUACGUCUACAGACACUUCUUUGGAGACGCCUACGCCAAACACUACAGCCCCAGACGACCGUUUGAAAAACCCGUCACAGACUCAAAGGAAGAGGUGAAGUCCAGACAUCACCAGCGGAGGCAGCAGAGAGCCAGAUCUCGACCUCGCUCGGGAGGAAACUCUGAGCGUCACAUGGCCGACGUGAAAAUAGAAGUGGGUCCGCUGCCGUUUGAUCCCAAAUACUGAAGAUCCAUCAGAUCUGAGGUUUGUUUGUUUGCACAACGUUAACUUGAUGCUACUGAACGUCCCCGAGUGCUUUUGUGUUGUUGACGUUCAAAUCUUUGUAGCAUAUGUUCUAUUCUAAUAUUGUUAAUAAUACAAAGACUUUAAACACGACGUCGACGUCCCUUCAACCACAGUUCCUGUUCACUGUGGUUGUUGUGCUUUUGUUAACAGAGUCCAUGUUUAAAUGAGCUGUGAUGAUGUCGUGGUUUCUUCAGUCAAACUUUAUUUACAUGGAAGCAGGAAAACACUUUUUACUCCACAGUUAAUUAAACACACAUUUGAGGAUAUUUCAACAUGAUGAAAUAUUUAUUUUAGUGUCAAAUCAUACAACAUUGUCGUGAUCAGUUUCCUGUGUCAGUGCCUUUCAUAAAUAAAGAUGCUUCCUCCGA